CUGGUACCCUACCGAUCGUGCUACGAGGCAGCAAUGAAAGCAUCACACAUUGAUGGACGGUGUCGGAAUAGGGCACAUCCUGGCAAGUAUUGAGGGCAACCACCAGAAUAAGAGUGACACAGAGAGUAGUGGAAGGAGCUUGUGUAGUUGUGUGAGCUCCGGUAGCAAUCGGCCGCAACUACACGCAGAGAGGAUCCCCUUUGCAAACGGGCGCCCUUUCCUGCAUCGUUACCCAAGGACACUGGCUUGGAGAUGGGGUGCUCCUCUGGCCGCCAACCCCCUGGGCCGGUCCUUCACCCAGACUUGGACUGCAGCCACGGCAGAGAGGCCAACACCUUACCCCAGGACUCGGAAAACCAGAAUUUAAACAGUUCCGGAAGUGUGGAGGGGCGAGAAGUCAAACCACCGGAGUCUCUCCCCACACUGGAGCGACUGGCUCAAGCUACGGGUGGCACAGAAAAGUCCUGGUACCGCUGCGUGUUCCCUUUCGGGGUGAUCUCACUCGUCAUCGGCAUGGCAGGCACGGGGGUGACGUUCACCUUCAACACUCUGCUCCAGACCAAAGUGGUGUCAGUAGCGUUGCUUUGCGUCGGUGUCGUGAUGCUGCUGGUGGCUGCUGUUUGUUGGCGGGCCCACAGAUUGAGAAGAAGGAAAAAGAAGGAGGGGGGGUUCUUCACCACUGAUCUGGGUAGUUUGUGAUGGAUGGUGUGAGGCGUAUCGCAGGUGGAGCACUUUGAGCCAGACUGUCAAUCACAAGGACGGAUGAAUGGCACGACAUUUGGACAAGCUGUUUUAUUAUGGGUUUGAUGUAAUACUGUGACAGUACAGAACUGUAUCAACACAACUAGACAAAUAGUUUAGCAGAGGGAUCACAAUCAUUUUGACCACUUAAAUAGAAUGUGUCAUAGUUAAAAGUCUUGAUAUUGACUACAUCAUCAACAUGUCAGAAAAUCCCUUGAUCCGUUGAAGCGCACACAAGAGUGGCCUCCUCAUGUCAGUGAGCUGUAGUAGAGAUAUGCAAGAGUUAUAAAUGCAUCCAGAUCCUUAUCUAAAAACUCGGUACGACAAUGUUAACCUAAAGGACAACAGUCGCAAGGUAAAUAAAAAUAAGGUCAUGACAAUGCGAUGUCAAAUUGAACAGGGGUUCUGGUAAAAGUUCACUGUGGGCCGACUGUUUAAAAGUAGUGGCAAAUGCCACAAAUGCACAACUGAUAGUUCUAUUACCCAUAUGGUAAAUUUAAAUGAUGCAAUUUGUAUUUACAUUUGUAUUUUUGGCCUAUUGAAAACAGACUUCAGUAGAAAUCUAAUGAUUGUACUUCAAAGUGACGACCCAAUCGGCACUAUUUGAUCUGGAGUGGUGAGCCCAUAAGCAUUAUUUGAUCCAAAAACAGUCGAAAUACAUUUUGAAAUGGUAAAUGAUGAACCGGAUGGCAUCUAGGACUGAUUUUACAGCUAAUGUGUACAAUACCAUGCAGACACACAACCAUGGUAACAACCAUUCUUAAGGUAGCUUGUGGCAGCUAGUGAAUAAAGUGCAGGUGUUUACUAGCGGGUAUUGAUUUAUUAACACUUUAGUGAGUUGUAUAUUGACAAAAUUGAACUAUUGUUCGUGACAAUAGAGCCUUGAACUACACUGAAAUAGUGGUAGGGGAGACAAUUUGUGUCACCUAAAGUAAAAUCUACUAUAGGGUGUGAUGUACUGUACGUUACAAAGUUCUAUAAGUUAAAUGUCAAGGACACAAACAUUUGACUUUGAAAACUGUCCUGCUUGGUAGAAAGUGGGCAGUAAUUUUCCAAAUUGACUUUUCGUAUCUGACUGAAAAUUGUUAAAAAAAAAGAUAAGAAGAAUAAAUUAACUUGAGGAAACAAAUUAUGCUUGUGAGGGCAACUUCUGAAGGCAUCUUUCUCAAAGUGUCCACACUUGAUGCUACUGAGCUUUGUUGGGAAAACCACCAUCCAGCUGUGUUGGAUCAAUAUAAACUGCCCUGCUGUGAAUGACAAAGCCUUUGAGGGAAUGGACUGCAUUUUCUAUUCCUGCAAAUGGAAUUGCUUUGCCUGCUGUAUGCAAUGUUGACGGUGACCCUUUCAUAAAUUCCAUUUCAGACAUACCUCAGUGAACACAAAGCAACAACAACGAAAAAUAAACAGCACAACAGUCCUCACGAUCCUCGCCACAUCAAACAGAGGCAAAUCCAUCUGACAUAAAAAAAAAGAAGAUGAGGGCAACAAGGAGAUCCCAUUCAACCACUUCCACUGCACUUUGCAUUGUCCCACUAUCCGUGAAAUCCUUCACGUUUGCUUAGAUGACGUGAGAAAUGAAUACUGCUAAUGUGGGUGAUAGCUUAGCCAUUUGUGAAAAUGCCAGAGUGCUGCCCUUUUGAGCACAUUAUAGUAGAAUGUCAAAAGUGAUGAUGAUGGAGCCAACAUGUAGCAUAGAGGCCAGCCAGUGUAAAUCACGACGUCAUGAUGAUGAAAUAAUGGCUUUUAGCAGCAGGUGGUGUGGUUAGACCCAGCAGCAUCUACUUAGCUGUAGCAAUGUAUUUGAUGGCUAAUGGCUUAGAUUAAAUGUUAACUGGGUAUCACACAUGGUCCUUUUUUAUAGAGUAAGAGAAAGUGAGGUUUUCUUCCCAUCCUUGCAUGUUUUUUAACCAGGUGCUUCAUCCAAAUUCUAAAAACACGCAUGUUCGGUUAAAUGAAUACAUACUUUAAAUUGUCCAUAAGUGUGACUGAGACUGUGAAUGGCUGGCGAUAGGUGUCCUGUGACGGGUCGGUAACCAGUUCAUGGUGUGCUGUGCCUUUUGCCCAAAGUCAGCUGAGAGACUCUCAAACUCAUCUGUGACCCCGAUCAGGAGAAGCACCACAGAAAAUGAACGGACGGAUCACAAACUUCAAUCUGUUUCCACGUUUUGAGGGUAGGGAUCCUUAAAAAUGUAGAAGAAAUCAUAUUUUUAAAGGUUAAAUGCCAGGAGAGUAGUACAAGAUCAUUUCAUCAUCAGUACAUUUGAGCUUUUUGGAGAGUGCAAUUGCAUGAGGGACCAGUCAGUGGUGGAGCCCACUGGUCAUCCACUCAUACCAUAAUUGGGACAAACACUAUUGAAAAUGAAUUUAAGGAAGUCAUUAACACAUAAAAUGAGAAAAAGAUAUAUUUAUAAAGUUGUUCUAACCAUGUCAUAACACUUAAUUUUGUUCUCUAAAAGUCACCUCAUUCCUUUUUCUCUGCACUGUAGUUUUUGUUCUCUUCGUUGUGCCCUUAACAUUCUAAGAAAGCCCAAAUAAGCAACGCCAUGUUAAUCUGUGUGCAUAUAAAUGUGUAGCUUUGAAAACUUGUCUGAAUGUACAUGAACAGUAAGUGUCUUACGAAUUCAUUUGUACAAGUUAUAAAGACGUAUCUUCUAUUUUGAAUAGUGAAAACAAUUUUAAUGUCUUUUAUAACGGAAACAGGUUGCUUUUAUUUGUUCAUAUUAUUUUCACUUGCAGUAAAAUGAAUAUCAAGUGCUUUUAAGAUAAGGCAAUUUUCACGUCCAGUAUUUUUUUUUAAUUGAUUGGCAUGACCUAUCUUGUUCCUGAGUGCCUGCUCCUGUUUCUUCACCAGAAAAAAAAGAUGUUUAUAUAAAUAUUUGAUCUGCUUGACAUUUGUGUAUUUUUGUCAUUGAAGUGCUGGAAGAGAAAUAAAACAUGAAGCCCUCUGGGUCUCAUUUGU